GGUACGGAUUGCGACGUGACCGGGGAAUAAUCCGGCAGGUCGUUUUUUUUUUCGCCGUUGGGAGGCGCGUUCCGUUUGAAUCGUCGACAUGUGUCGGUGUGGAGAUUUGCUUGAAGAGUCGAGACGGAGAGUUAAAUUCCGCGUAAAUAGUGAAAAAUAGUCAGAUUCUACUGUUAUUUCUCGCGAAGAAGCGUAAGAGUGGCGUAAAUGCGUAAUUCGGAGUCGACUUCGUAGCUGCGAGAACUUCGGACGAGACUUCUACUUUCGAUUUUCUCUAACCAUGGAAAGAAAGCAGAAAAAAAAUUGCCAUUGAGUUUUUGAGCAAACAAUGUAAUGCUUGCCGAUGCUUACAAAAGGCACAGAAAUUUUGGUGAGUGAUGAUUGAUGUGAAUAAUGUUAGCUAGGAAAAAGUUUACAAGAAGGAAAAAGCAGUGUUAAAAGCCAAUCAACAACAGUAACUUAGCUGUGGUCAGUGCUGUACAACAAAUAAUCCACAAGAAAUACUACAGUCAAAUAAGUUUCUCAUCAAUUAUCAGCUUACUUAGAAAAACGGAACCUGUUGCAGCAUUUGAAGCCUACAACAAUAAUUAUGAGAAUUUCUACUAGUAAUGAGACAUGAUCAUACUUCUGCAACAUGGACACCAAGAAUCAGAAUGUCUAGUUCUGAAUACGAAGAUGAUAGUUUUUCCGAAAGUGGAUCGGAAUAUAAUUUGAGCGACGUCAGCGACUCGGAAUCGAUCUCAGAUUUGGACCAAAGCAUCGCUACUGCCAGAAAUUGGGUCGAAGUGGAUAUAGACAAUCCUCCUCCGCCUCCUCCACUAUUUCCUUUCACAGGAAAUCCGGGUUGUCACUUCUCUGUCAAUAAUGUCGAUCCACUCGCUUUUUUCAAAUUAUUUUUUGAUUUAAAUUUGAUGAAUGUAAUUGUUAGCGAGACGAAUCGUUAUGCACUGCAACAGCUGCAAUCAUCCAGGCAUCAGUGGGAGCCUGUUACAGUGGCUGACAUAUAUACGUUUCUGGCUAUCUGUAUCUUGCAGGGAAUUGUAAAAAAACCGAAUGAGAGGAUGUAUUGGUCCACCAAAGAUUUAUUUAACACACCAAUUUUAUGUAAACUUAUGCCUAAAAAUAGAUUUGAAGAGAGAAAGCAAAAUUUGCACUUCGCGGAUAAUGCAUUAUUUGAUCCGUCCACCCAUCCAUCUCCUAAAUUGAACAAAAUUUUGGCCAUAGUAAAUGAUCUAAAUUCUAAAUUUUCGCGUUUAUUCGAACCAGAGAGAGACAUAACGGUGGACGAGUCUCUCUUACUAUUCAAAGGUCGUAUCUCCUGGAGACAAUACAUACCCCUCAAACGGUCACGCUACGGUGUGAAAUUUUUUAUGUUGUGUGAAUCUUCAUCAGGCUAUUUACACAAAUUUAUAGUUGACACUGGAAAAGAUACUCUACUAGAUCCUAAAUACAAUCAAAUGCAAAUAACUUCCCAAAUAGUAUUAUUGUUAGUGGACCCAUUGUUGAACAAGGGCCACUGCCUCACAACUGAUAAUUACUAUACCUCUCCUCAGUUAGCCGAUUAUUUGAUAUCCCAUCAAACAGAUAUAUAUGGAACACUCCGUCNUUCUAAACAUGAAUCCAUAGUAAAUUUAUAA